CAUUUUCCUCCUGUGUUUGUCUGUCUCCCCCCUCUCUCUCUUGUGCCGUGAGCUGUUGAGUCCCGACUGAUCACUCAUCACAUAGAGAGAGAGAGAGAGAGAGGGAGAGACGGAGAGAGAGAGAGAUGCUGGAAAACCCCACACAAACCCUACCAACAUCAGAUGCACCCACCAAGCGCUAUGCUCCUCCCAAUCAAAGGAAUCGCAAUAAUCUCCACCGGCGCAAGUCCACAGAUCGGUUUGAUCGAGCAAACAAUCUUUAUGGGAAUGAUGUAGAGAAGAAUCCAGGUGCUGCUUCUAGAAAUGUGCCCAUCAUUGAUCAUGGGGAUUCAGUGAGCAGCAAUCUUCUUAAUGAAAACCCGCGUUCAAGAUUGAUAGCUUUAGAGGGGUGUUGUACCAGUGAAGCUUUUCAACUCCUGAAUGAUCGUUGGGCUGCUGCAAUGCAUUGCUGCAAUAAUCCAUCAAUAGAUUUAUCUGAGAGACCAGUUAUGUACUCAGCAAGUGCUGCACCAGCGUGGGGUCAGGGUCAAUUUACACCUCCUCAGGGAAGAAUGGACUUCUUGGGUGAACUUCGCCGUGCAGUGCGCAAUGCAAAUGCCAGCUUUGGCACCUGACACUCCAUCAGAACUUACGAAUGGUAUGGACUGGAUUCGUAUAAUGCUUUUGGAAUUCGAAUUCAGGGCCACCUUACGGCCAAAAAGAGAAAAGGGGACAGGACUACCUGUUACUUGUGUUCAUCAAAACAAAAUUUGUGAAACUUUGUUAGCAAAUGGUGAUUAUGUGGGACAAAAAGCAUGGUCCAUGCAUCUACACAAUUCACAAUCAAGCAUGUGCUGCGUGUAAGGUGUAUCGACCAUGUAAGUAUGGCUUAUGUAUGGAUAUAAUGACUCAGAUCUCUCUCUCUCUCU